AUGGCGGACGUCUCGGAGCUCAUGCAAGGAGUGCUGCAGCUGAUGCAGCAGCAACAAGAGAUGAUGAGAGUAAUGAACGAGCAACGAGGAAUGAAUGACUUCAAGUUGGAUGGGAUUAGACUACCCAAGUACACGGGGCAUGAGUCUGAGUCGUUCUGCCUGUAUCAAGAAGAGCUGUCGCAGUACUUUGAGGCCCGCAACAUUGACUGGAAGAACGAGCGUUGGCCGACGAGGGUACUGGCCAUUAUCGGGAGCACGUUGAAGGGGCAGGCUGGUCAGUGGUAUCUGGCGCGGAAGCAUGAGAUCUACUCUGCGGAGCAGUUACUCCGAGAGUUGGUACGCGCGUUUGUUCCGGCGGAUCUUCAGUUGCGGCUGCGUGAGCAGUUGCGACACCUGAGCCAGAAAUCUUGCAAGUCGUUGGGUGAUUACGUUUCACGGUUUCGCAACAUUGUACUACCAGUGGAACACAUGACGGAGAUCGACAAAGUGGUGUACUUCUCGCAAGUGUUGAUGCCAAAUACGCGUCAAGAAGUACUGUACAAGCGUUGUGAAACCCUUACGGAUGCCAUUACGGUAGCGAUGGACUAUGAGCGCUCGCACUUCGGUGCUCCGGCGCGCACGGGACGUCGCGACCGUGAUCACCCACGAUUCCGCAGAAACGAGUCGACUUCAAGAUCAAAUGGCCCUGAGCCAAUGGAGAUCGACAAUGCGCAAGAGCUCAGUCCAGAAGAGUGCCGUCGGCAGAGAAAAUGUUACAACUGCUUCCGUGGUGGUCACAUUGCAGCCCACUACAAGGCUCCUCGUCGGAACCAGCGCCCCUACAGAGGUCCGAAUCAGCGUCAACGAGACUCGCAGCACGUCAAUGCUGUGGAGCAACACGUCAGCGAGGGUGAAGAAAGAAUCGCGUACGAUCAGUACACUGUGGAUGCGUUUGAGGAAGUCAGCAUGCAUGACAUGGUUGCUUGA